UUUUUCUUAUUUUGACAAGGAUGGGGUUAAAACCAUGUUAAAAGUUAAAACUUGUGCUGCUUUCUCUUACUCCAAUAUCAUGUCUCUAUAUUUCUUCCUUGUAUUGUAUGUGAUCUUUGGAUCAGCUAGAGCUCAAUCAAAGCCACGAAAUACAAUAGGAUUAGGAUCUUCUCUUCAUCCCACUACUCAGCCUACAGCAUGGUACUCAGCUUCUGGUCAUUUCGCCUUUGGUUUUUAUCCACAAGGAAGUGGUUACAAGGUAGGAAUUUGGCUAGUGGGAGGCUCCAAUAACAAUGAUACUAUUGUCUGGACCGCGUUUCGUGAUGAUCCAGAAAUAUCUGCAGAUUCCACCUUGGCCUUUAUUGAUGGAAAAGUAAUUCUGAAAACAAGUAAUGAGGAGGAUAAGACUAUUGCUAGUUCAUCAGAAUCUGCAUAUUAUGCCAACUUGCUUGAUAAUGGUAACUUUGUUCUUUACAACCAAGAUCAUGAGUCUAUUUAUGAGAGUUUCAAUUCUCCUGGUGAUACAAUAUUAGGUGGCCAGAUUCUAGCUAGUGGGGUUAAAUUGAUUUCUAGUUUCUCCUCCACAAAUCAUUCCUCAGGGAGAUUUCGCCUCGUGAUGCAGGGCGAUGGGAACCUUGUUGCAUACCCCAAAAAUUUGAAUGAGGCAGUGGAUGCCUAUUGGGCUUCACAGGUCUAUUGCUCUGGUUGCAGAAAUCAUCUGCUUCUUAACAGUACAGGCAUCUUAUUGCUGAUCAAUGACACUGAUUCUUCAGUAAUUCGACGAUUAUAUAGUCCACUUAUGCAGAAGAACACAGGUAUUUAUCGGGCUACACUCGAUCAUGAUGGAAAUUUUCGACUCUAUUCUCAUGAAUUCGACUCCAAUGGUAAUUCCAAAAUACGGUUGGAGUGGGAGGCGAUCGAUGAUCUCUGUCUUGUGAAGGGAUUCUGCGGCCUUAACAGCUUUUGUGUUACAACUCACAAUGUACACUCUUGUAUGUGUCUACCAGGAUCAUACUUGAAAGAGAAUGAUCCAAGCUUUGGUGAUUGUCAAAGGAACUUCACUAGAGGAAAGUGCAUUCAUGGCAAAGAAGAUUCAAGUGUCUAUAAGAUUACUACUACGACUAAUCUUACUUGGGACGAUCCUCCUUAUUUUGCUACAUCAUUUCUAGGAAAAGAAGAUUGUGUCAAAUCUUGUUUUGAGGACUGUGAUUGUGAUGCUGCCCUCUUCGACGAAAAUGGCCAAUGUAUGAAACAUAAGCUGCCUUUGAGGUAUGUCAAAGGCGCUCCUGAAGGAUCUCACACUGGUUUUUUCAAAGUCAGCAAUAUAGUCGUGCAAAAUCCAACAACAGAUUCAGUGAAGCCACCAUGGGUAGUGAUCUUGGUUUUAUCGAUAAGUUUCGUUCUGUAUUUAGGUACUGCUCUUGCAUUAUCAGGAUUUUACGUCUUCAAAUUCAGGAUAAUAAAGUACAGGAAGCUAUUGCAGACAGGAACCACAGGCUUAACGAAAAACUUCAUACUCAGAACUUGCUCUUACAGAGAGCUAAAACAAGCAACUGAUGGUUUCAAAGAAGAGUUGGGAAAGGGUGCCUUCGGUGCAGUUUAUAAAGGGAGCUUCGACAAAGGUAAAAACCUUGUGGCGGUGAAGAGGCUAGAGAAAGUAGUCGAUGAAGGUGAAAGGGAAUUCAGAGCAGAAAUGAAGUCCAUUGGCAGAACUCGACACAGGAACUUGGUUCGAUUGCUUGGAUAUUGUGCUGAAGGCUCAAAAAGAGCUCUAGUUUAUGAAUAUAUGAGCAAUGGUUGCCUAGCAAAUCUCUUGUUCCGAGGAGCUACUCGGCCGGAUUGGAACGUAAGAGUAAAUAUUGCACUAGACGUUGCCAGGGGAAUCCUUUACCUCCACGAAGAAUGUGAAGCUCCAAUCAUCCACUGUGAUAUAAAACCACAAAACAUCUUACUCGACGAGUUGUUGACAGCUAAAAUCUCAGAUUUCGGGUUGGCCAAACUACUAAUGCCUGAUCAAACAAGAACAUUCACCGGCGUAAGAGGGACUAGAGGGUAUUUGGCACCAGAAUGGCAAACAAAUGCCCCUAUCUCUGUCAAAGUAGAUGUCUACAGUUAUGGUAUUGUAUUGCUAGAAAUCAUUUGCUGCAGAAGAAACAUUGAAGUGUAUGUGACUAAAAUAGAAGAAAUCGAGCUUUCUAAAUGGGCAUAUAGUUGCCUUGUAGAAAGUGAAAUAGACAAGCUUGUUGGAAGUGAAGAAGUAGACAAGAAUACCUUGGAGAGAAUGAUCUCAGUGGCGAUCUGGUGCAUUCAGGACGAACCGGCUCUUCGUCCUCCCAUGAAACAAGUAUUACAGAUGUUACAGGGAAUUAUUGAUAUUCCAAUUCCUCCAUGUCCAAUUAGCAGCAGUUAAUUUCAUGUAAAAUCACUAGUUUUAACUUGUAUGCAUGAUUGUUUAGUUUACUUUUGUUUUCUUCAAUAAUAUCUUUUGAUCUUAAA